AUGCUCAUCGGGGACCACCACCAGCUGCCUCCGGUCGUCAAGAACCGGGCGUUCCAGAAGUAUGGGCACCUGGACCAGUCUUUGUAUGCCCGAUUCGUGCGCCUGAAGACACCGACGGUAGACCUCAAUCUGCAGGGUCGAGCGAGGCCCAGCAUCGCCGAGCUCUACAGUUGGCGCUACAAAGAUCUUGGCAAUCUGCCGAAUGUCCUAACGGACGACAGGUACCGGUAUGCAAACCCGGGACUAACUUACGUGUAUCAGUUCGUCAACGUUGAAGACUUCGAAGGCCGAGGAGAAUCUCAACCAACGCCGUACUUCUACCAGAAUUUGGGAGAAGCUGAGUAUUGCGUAGCGCUCUUUAUGUACAUGCGCCUUUGUGGAAUCCCCGCACACAAGAUCUCCAUCCUGUCGACCUACAAUGGCCAGAAGGCCUUGCUGAGAGAUGUGGUCAGAACACGGUGCUCAUGGAAUCCGCUGUUUGGAGAGCCUGCCAAAAUUACGACGGUGGACAAGUUCCAGGGACAGCAGAAUGACUUCAUCAUAGUCUCGUUGGUGCGAACAGCGCAUGUGGGCCACCUCCGCGAUGUCAGACGACUCAUCGUCACGAUGAGUAGAGCUCGCUUCGGGCUCUACGUGUUUGGAAGGUUUUCGCUCUUCGAGAACUGCUUCGAACUCACUCCGGUAUUCAGCCGCUUUGCGAGACUACCUCGCGACUUGAGUUUGGAGCUGCUCGGCCGCAGACGCUUGAAACCAUUUCGCGAUGGCACUCGAGUUCAUGUUGGCUACAGCUUGUCCUCACUGGGGCUAUUUGGAGAGCUUGGUUCGGUGGCCGAAAUGGGCAGCCCGGUGGUCCCACAAUAG